AUGAAGUUGACCACAAUUUACUUGCUGAGUCUAGCAGCUUCGGCAACUGCUGCGCCUUCAGCUCAGAUACGCCAUGUUGUCCACGAAAGUCGCAAGACUAAUGGCAAAAGUAACUUUGUCAAGCGUGACGCCAUGCCGGCUAAUGACCGCAUUCAAGUGCGAGUUGCCUUGAAGCAGCGCAAUCUGGAAAAUGGCAUGGACUACCUCAUGGACGUUUCUGACCCUGACUCUCCCAAUUUCGGAAAGCAUUACACUGCUGAGCAGGUCGUGGAGCUGUUCAAGCCCGCUGAUGAGUCUGUGGAUGCUGUGAAGCGUUGGCUUGCCGACUCUGGAAUUUCUGACGACUCUGUUGUCGUACCCAAAAGCGGAGGGUCCGUCCAUUUUUCAACGACGAUUGACAAACUCGAAAACAUUCUUCAGACAAGGUAUCAUGUCUAUCACCACCCCAGAAGCGAGUUGGAGCACAUUGGCACGGACGAAUACAGUCUUCCCCAUGACAUUUCCAACGUCGUCGACUUUGUCGUGCCCGGGCUGGCCAUGUUGCGCAGACGCUCCGUCAGUGGAGGAAACAAGCUUGCUCGCCGUAGUCAUGUCAAAUCACUGCCAAGGACACCCAGCGGGUCCGGCUGGACAGACGACAAAGGAAACGCAAAGAAAUGCUCCGAAGUUGUCACGCCAAAAUGCCUUCGCGCCAUGUACAACAUCCCAGUCGGUACUCUCGCGGACCCAAGCAACAAGAUGGGCAUCUAUCAGUCGGAAAAUCAGAAAUAUGCACAGGAAGAUCUGGACAGGUACUUUACGCUCAUGGCACCUGAGAUUCCCAAUGGCACCCACCCAGAAGUGAACGUUAUUGGCCACGACCGCGCCAACGGUACUCUGGAAGAGGCAGGGACAGAGGCGACGUUGGAUUACCAGAUGGCGUACCCGCUCAUUUGGCCACAGCAGAUUGUCGACUUUCAGACGGAAUAUGACGAGUCCCACCCCCAUAACUAUUUCGACUUUUUCCUCGACGCGAUUGAUGGGAGCUACUGUGACUACAUGGGCGGAGAUGAUCCCGAAGUUGACGGCGUGCCGUCCGUGCGUCAAUGCGGUGUCUUUAAUCGAACCAAUGUGGUUAGCAUCUCAUAUGGCUUUCCUGAAAAGGACUACCCACGCCAGUGUGACGAGUUUAUGAAGCUGGGCCUGCAAGGAACCUCGAUGUUUCUCGCCAGCGGCGACAAAGGCGUUGCCGAGGAAGGCUGUCUGGGCGAAAUCGGAGAUGUCUUUACAGCAGAUCAGGCGUCGUCAUGUCCGUAUAUGACCUCGGUCGGUUCUACGGCCAUUGUCAAAGGCGGCGAUGCCGGCGAUGAAGAAAUGGUUUCCUAUUGGUAUUCGCCUGGUGGAGGCUUCUCGAACAUCUUUCCUCGGCCCGAGUACCAGAAAGACGCAGUGAGCCGGUACUUUGAAUCCCACGACCCUGGCUACGCAAACUACAGCACCAUUGAUGGAAAAAUCCCCUACGAGAGCGGCGGCUUGUACAACGGUGUGGGACGCGGAUACCCCGACUUGGCCGCUGCAGGCGAUUUUGGCUUCAUCGUGUAUCAGCAAAAGAUCCUGUAUACGGGCGGAACCUCGAUGAGUGCGCCCAUCAUUGGCGCCAUGGUGAACCUGAUUAACGAGGAGCGGAUCAAAAUUGGAAAGGGCCCUGUUGGGUUCAUAAAUCCCACCAUUUACAAGCACCGGGAAAUGUUCAACGAUGUCGUCAAGGGUGGGAUGAAUAGUGGUGCCCUGUGCAACGGCAAGGGCUUCAAUGCUACUGCUGGCUGGGAUCCCACUACCGGCAUGGGCACGCCGAAAUACGACAAGAUGCUCGAGGUUUUUCUCAAUCUUCCUUGA